AUGAAAGAGCCGGCGGAAAACUUGUGUUUAUUGCCUAUUUCGAAUGCAUUUUAUCGUUUUGAUAACGGGGAAAACUUUUGCUCACAGAAUUACGGUGGAAAUGUGAUUCGGAUCGAAAAUGUGUUCGCAAAUGCGAUGCUCAAAUCUAUAGCUGAACAAGUCUUUCCUUCUGUGGAUGUUUGGGUUGGCAUUUGGUUUACGGGAAACGCUUGGACAUUCACUGACAAUACACCGAUUCCCUAUCAGGCUUGGGGACCAAAUCAACCAAUGAAAGGCGAUAAUCUCAACUGUGCAAUCAUCAAUAAAACGACCGGUUACUGGUCAACGACUGAUUGUGCGCGAAUGAAUUCAGUUGUUUGCGCGUUUCCAAAAGCUGGUCCAACCAAUGGUCCAACAGGCGGGACACCACUCUUUUAUCCAGGAUAUGACAAUAUUCUUCUCCUAAUUGAUAUUGGUUUUCCUAACAGUGAUACGGCGCCGUUCUCCGAUCUCACAUCAACUUUGAGAGCUUUGAUGGUAAAUUGGACAAAUUUUGAUCGAAUCGCCUUUGGGACUUAUAAAUACUCGACUUAUCAACAGGCAUAUUAUGGUGAUUUGGGAGAUUAUCGCGAUGCUAUCGGGUUUCUCGAUAAAAUUGUAUUAGUUGAACAUACAGGAGACUCAAAUGUGACAAGUGCCUUGCGAAGAGGUCGAUUGAAUUUUCAGUUAACACAAAGACAAACCUAUACGAGUCGCCAAAAGACAGUUUUAUUUGCUCAAGCAGGCACAUCCAAUGAUAUAAACACCGCUCAGCCGUAUGCAAAAGCCAUGCAAGAUCUGGGGAAACUCAUCGUUGUCACUGUUGGAUUUUCGAAUAGUGAAAUGAAGACUUUGGCAUCGGAUGGAGGUUUUAUGGAUUGGAGUGAAACAGUCGAUUCAAAGAAACUCAUUGACUUUUUAAACACUCAACUAAAUGAA